UGUAAUGCAAAUAUUUCAGUCAUUAGUCAUUAUUGAGGUUGUUGUCUUUUUUACCACUCACAUUGAACACAGAUCACUUCAGAUAAGUCCCUAUUGGUCUUUGAACUUCAGCUGUUGAGACAUCGCUCGCCGGUGAACAUAGUUCUGACAGACGAUUGCAAGUUUGGUGCUGAAGUGGGGAAAAGGGUGAUAGUAAUCACUGAAGCUAAAUAAUGACCGUCCACGAGCCAAAAGACAAAAACAAUGGCGUGUGGCUGAUCUUUUUCAUGCUGGGCUUAGGAACGCUCCUGCCAUGGAACUUCUUUAUGACAGCCACCAUGUAUUUUAGCAGUCGUCUCAGAGACAACUCCCAAAUGGGCACCAACCUGUCAGGAAAUGGGACCGGGGCAGAAGGGAACAACCGUAGCCUUUUGGAGGCCAAGUUCAAUAACGUAAUGACACUUUGUGCCAUGGUGCCUUUACUGGCCUUCACCUGUCUCAACUCAGUCCUGCAUCAAAGGAUUCCUCAGAAGUUUCGGAUCAUGGGCAGCCUGGCAGUGAUUUUGGUGGUGUUUCUUCUGACAGCCAUUUUGGUUAAAAUAGAGAUGGCACCCCUCCCCUUUUUCACGUUGACCAUGAUCAAGAUUGUCAUCAUAAACUCCUUUGGAGCUAUCCUGCAGGGCAGUCUGUUUGGCAUGGCAGGCCAGCUGCCUACCAAAUACACCACACCCAUCAUGAGUGGGCAAGGCCUGGCGGGAACUUUCGCUGCCUUCUCCAUGAUCUGUGCUAUCUCAAGUGGCUCGGAGAUAAAUGACGCUGCUUUUGGAUACUUCAUCACAGCCUGUGUAGUGAUCUUAUUGGCCAUAAUAUCCUAUGUGGUCCUCCCUAAACUGGAGUUCUACCAAUAUUACAAGACCCAAAGUGGAAACAGAAUUAGUGAUGAGGAGAACAAGCUGGAUCUACUCAAUCAAGAAAAUGCAGCAGAGACUAAACCAGUUUUCAAAAAAGGAGAAGAGGAGCAAAACGUGUCCAUGUUGACCAUCUUCAAGAAGAUCUGGGUCCUGGCUCUCUCUGUGUGUUUUGCCUUCACCAUCACCAUCGGCACCUUCCCGGCAGUCACUGUGGAUGUGAAGUCUACCAUCGCUGAUGGAGGCACCUGGGAGCUGUACUUCAUCCCCGUGUGUUGUUUCCUGCUCUUCAACCUCAGCGACUGGGUUGGGAGAAGCCUUACUGCUGUGUGUAUGUGGCCUGGGAAGGACAGCAAACUGGUGCCCAUUCUUCUGGUGGCCCGUGUGAUCUUCGUGCCGCUCUUCAUGCUGUGCAAUGUUCAGCCCCGCUACAACCUGCCUAUCUUCUUUGAACACGACGCCUGGUUCAUCGUCUUCAUGAUAGUCUUUGCCUUUUCCAACGGAUACCUGGCCAGCCUUUGCAUGUGCUUUGGGCCCAAAAAAGUUGCUGCUCAUGAAGCGGAGACAGCUGGAGCCAUUAUGGCCUUCUUCUUGUCCCUGGGUUUGGCUCUGGGAGCAUCCCUCUCAUUCCUCUUCAGAGGCCUGGUCUAAAAUGGCGCCCUGUAGAGAACAUGACCCCAAAACCCCAAAUUGACCUAUAAAACUUGCAUGGUAACAAAUUGAAAUGUAUUUGUCUCUUUUUCAAACAAACCAUACUGAUUCACCUCAAAUCUGGUCUUCCAAAGAACGGAAGGUGGUAAGCAGCUCAAGACCAGGAUUCAAUCCGAUAGCAAUUUGUUGGCUAUGCGCUAUUUAAAGGUCAUUUUCUGAUUGUACCGACAUAUACAGCGUUUACCGUGAAUGCGGUCUCCGUGAACACAGGAACAUUACCUUUAACAGCCGGUAGUGUGAGGAUUCUUUCGUUUGAAAGCUACCAAACUAACCAAAACUGAAUUAAGUAGAGCAUUUGUGAAAUUAGGCAUCUACAGGUUCCUACUGGGAGAUCACAUGCAAUUCAGUGCUUCCCUUUUUGAUUCUGUAGUAUUCCAAUUUGAAUUCUUAUUUAGCCAUGAAUCCUUAUGAAGCCAUGGGGUGGCAGGGAGCCUAGUGGUCAGAGUAUUGGACUAGUAACCGAAACGUUGCAAGAUUGAAUCCCCGAGCUGGCAAGGUAAAAAUCUGUAAUUCUGCCCCUGAACAAGGCAGUUAACUCACUGUUCCUAGGCCCUCAUUGAAAAUAAGAAUUUGUUCUUAACUGACUUGCCUAGUUAAAUAAAGGUGAUUUUUUUUUUUUAAUUUGCUCAAUACAAAGCAAACACAAUUUA